GCCACAUCAAACAUCUCGAUUCACCUAUACUUAGUACUCCCAGCCAACCAAGCAUUCGAGAAAGUCCAUCCAAAACCAACACUUGAUCCCCAAAGUUACCCAGAUCUAGAUCCCCACACCCCCGUUGACCACAACACCAACGACAAUGAUCAUCCUCAAAGAACACGAUGUCGUAUCCCUCCUCUCCAACCUCACACCCAUCGAAACACACCAACUCCUAUGGCGCUUCCAAGGAAUUCUCAAACGCUACACACAGAACCAAAUUCUCCCACCCAAAGAACAAAUCAUCCACCAACCCGAACGAGUAUCCAUCACGACCAAAACCGGCAACACCACACUAUUCAUGCCCUCAUCACUCACCACAACCACGGGAAUUAAAGUCGUGACCGUCCCAACCUCGGGCAUCAUCAAGGGUUCAAUCAAUGUAUUCGCACCCGAUGGCGAACUCAAGGGCGUUCUCAACGCCGGGGAAAUCACUGCUUUUCGCACUAGUCUUGCCGUGAUGAUCCCCUUUGUUCGAUAUUCCGGAUCGAAAUCAAAUAUUGUUGUUUUCGGUGCGGGGAGACAGGCCGAGUGGCAUAUUCGGUUGGCGUUGUUACUUGCUGCUCAUGACAAUGCAGGCGACGACACUACUACUACUAUAGGUGACCGUAUCCGUCAUAUCACGGUAGUCAAUCGAAACGAUCCGGGAAGAUUAGGUCCGAUUGUGGACGAGUUGAGACAACGGUACAAAGACGUGACGUUUGAGUUCUUAUUCAAGACCGACGACGCAUAUACCAGCAAAUUGCGAGAUACGGUCGGUGCGGCAGAUGUGAUUUUCGGGUGCACGCCAGCAACGGAGCCGCAUUUCCCAUAUGAAUAUCUUCUCACCACGCGUGAUCACGAUGGUGGUGUCAAGGCACGUCGAUUCAUUGGUUUGAUUGGCUCUUAUAAACCCCAUAUGCAAGAAGUGGAUUCAAGGACUAUCUUGUCUGGUGAUGGUGGGAGGAUAUAUGUCGAUACCAUCCAUGGGUGUCUGGUUGAGGCGGGCGAGUUGAUUAUGGCCAAUGUCACAAAGGACCAGUUGGUUGAGGUGGGUCAGUUUCAAGGUCAAGAUGAGGGUCCUUUGCCGGAUAAAGGGAAUGUUAUCUUCAAGUGUGUUGGUUUGGGUAUCAUGGAUCUAUUCAUGGCGGAUGAGUUGUUGGCUUUGGCAUCUGAUAAAGGCCUUGGGUUGGCUAUUAAUGAUUUCUAA